AUGAGCUUUCUUGCCUCGCCACGAGGCUACGAUUCUCUAGCACGUUCAGACCUCGCUCUCCCCGCCAUUCACCCGUCCAACUCCCGCCUUCCUAUGCAGCCUCUGUCCGCGUUCGACAGCGUGCCCGUGCACCUCCCUCCACUCGCGCCUGCUGCGCCCGCCACCGCGCCUGACGCCCCCCAGCCGGCCGAUCGUUCGACGACCGCGUUGCCGAAGCUGGGGCAGACUCGUUGUUACUGGAGCUUGCUCACGCCCGACUUGCACUUCCUGUACCUCGACCCCGUGCUCGCGCAUCAUCUGCAGGACCAAGCUGAGCUCCUAGUGAACAAGUCUCUGCUGGAUUUCGUACACCCGGACGAGCAAGCAUCCGCGAAGCUUGACCUGGGCAGUGUUUUGGAGAGUCGCACACUGCAUGGGAGCGUCACUCGCGUUCGUUACUCCCGCCUGUCGCGUGUCCGCAAGGUGCUCGGAUACCAAGGUCCGGCACAGGAAUGGCCAGACGCCGACAAGGUGGCUGUUGAUGACAAUUACAUGGCCAUUGACAUAGUCAUCAAUUGGGCCUCCGAUGGGUUGGUGUUAUGCUUCAUGCAUGCGGUGGUAGACCUCUCGCCGCACGACAAUGAUGAACAUCACAAAACGCCUUGGACUAACUGGUGCGGCACGCCCUUUAUGAGCAUGGAUCAGGUUCAGCUCCUGCAUUCACGGCUCUUGUCUGCCGUGCCGCAGCCGCUCUCUAUGUCCAGGGUCUUCCAAAUAUUACUCAACCAGCCUGAGAGGUCCUUGUGCAUGAGUUGGCCUCCCGAUCAGCCGGAACCAGGAGGCCCAAUAUCAAAGGACUUCGCAAAGUUGGCUCAGGACGUUCAAAUAAGCAGCGGCAGCGCCAGUGGGACUGAUGCGAAGACUAGUUGUACGCGACGGUACAAAGCCCACCAGACUAUGAACUUCGGCGUCGAGAACGCAAAGGAAGUCGAGAGCAUUUUCAUCCCCCACGGCUCCAUAAUUUUCGCCUGCCACAAGGUGCAUCCCAGCACCCGAGAGCUGAACCCCAACGAAGCGGCGACUCAUAGCUCGCAUUACUACCCGCCACCGGGCAAUCACCCUUAUCCCGAUCAGGCUCACUCAUACAGUCUUCCGCCAGUUCCCGCGCCUUCUCAGUAUCAUAAUUCUUUCCCGCCGCCGCCGCACCAUUCUGCUCACUACUCUUCCGGCAGCAACUGGCCCCCUCAUCCAGAGUCUCCGGGCUCCCCGCCUCACUACCAACAAUGGAAUACAGCUCCGUCCGUCAGUAGUGUCCGUUCUUCAACUUACUCCGCUCCACCGCAGCAGCAUCAAUGGCCUUCGCAGCCGCCAUCCUAUCUGGACGCCAGCUCCGCUCCUCCUCCUCCAUUGAACUCAGGACCUCAAGGCUCGCCUUAUCCCCCUCCAAACAGCGGAAAUGAUGACCCGCCGCCUUCCCCUGGCAGCGACACUGUGCCUCCGUCACGGGUCAUCCAUAGGCGUGGCUCGAACACAAGGGACCAGUACGGCAAUGGGGGAAGAAGCACAGGGAAUCCCCCUGUCGGCGUCGCACGGUGCGCCAGCUGCAAGGCAACCCACAGCCCAGAGUGGAGGAAGGGCCCAAGUGGUAAAAAAGAUCUUUGCAAUGCAUGCGGCCUUCGUUAUGCUAGGUCCCGUGCGAAGAAGGAAGGGGGACCACCUCAGCAGUCACGCCGUCGCAAGGACAGAGUCUUCGAUUCCUUGUCGAAGGAACCUUCGCCGUCGGGUUCUCCCGUGCCAGCCCCCUAUUCAAACGUCCGAAGGGGCAGCUACUACGAGGAUGGGUCCUUCCCCUCGACGUCGAACGGGUCGCCGGGCGAGCUGUACCCUCCCCCACCACGCUCGGGCCACCCUGGGUUCACCGGCACGCCGUCGCCAUCGCCGCCGAAUGGUGGCAUGCACUACCCGUAUCCCCAUCCACCGCCUCACCACCAAAACGCCGACGGUCGGUCGCACUACGACGCGCACGGCGGCCAGUUCUAUUCGGUUCCGCCACCGGCGCCGCCCCAGCAGGGCCUACCGCACCUUGCCGGCCACGAACAUCCCCCGCGCCUCGAGCCCGUUACGCCUUAUUCUGGACCGAACCAGUCCUCGCCUGGGGUGUCGCCCACGUCGCCCAUCGGCGGAUCGCCCAUGAGUGGGAACCUCUCUAUCGCCUCGUUCGAACGCGAUAGGACUCAUCGGGAACACGAACGGGAGGGCUUGCAGCCUACACCGGUGUCUGCUGAAACACGCCGCUCAGGAAGAUCUGGCUAUAUGCGCGAUUAAGUCUUAAAGCCGCCCCGCGGAAUAGCGCUCAGGCUGUUCAUUGUCUCGAAAGCGUCCCACGCAACUUAUGAUGGACUAAUAUUCUGUUCUCGCCUUGCCUAUUGUUCGCAGGAGUGGUGAUCGUGGUGACCGUACUUUCCGUUCGAACCCAUGUCUUCCUUGAAGAUAUUUAUCCGCUGUUUCCUUAUCCUGUAUCGGCUGUGGCGGCGGGGCGUAUGGAACUGCCCGCGUCGCCGCGUUCCCCCUUCUAUGUAUUGUACCAUAAAUCGACCAUAGAUAUUUGUCCGCGAGG